AUGUGUCUAUAUAAAGUUAUUUUAGAGACACCAGCAAUGUACUAUAUCUAUCCAUCCACUAUCCAUGGUAGACUAUGGUCAGCCAUAGUCCAUUUUUGUCAAUCUCAGCCACCAUUGUACAUAUUCAACAAUAGUCCAAGUGGAAUCAAGAAUGCAUCAUACUUAAAUUUCUAUCUCUUUCCUCCUCCACUAUCCAUCCAUCCACUAACCUCUAUCCAACCAUCCUCCAUCCACCAUCCACCAUCCACCAUCAUCCACCAUCCACCAUCCACCUCCACUAUCCACUAUCCACCAUCCACCAUCCAAUCAUCCUCUAUCCAUCCACCCAUCAUCAAACAUCCACCAUCUACCAUCCAACCAUCAUCCAACAUCCAACCAUCAUCCAACAUCCACCAUCCACCAUCUACCAUCCAACCAUCAUCUAUCGAUCCCUCUUCCAUUCCCCUACCAUCCAUCCACCAUCCACCAACCAUCCUCAUCCAUCCACCAUCCUCAUCCUCUAUCCAUCCAUCCUCAUCCAUCCAUCCAUCCUCUAUCCAUCCAUCCUCAUCAAUCAUCAAUUAUCCAUCAUCUUUUGUCUACCUCGAGGAUGAGGUAAUAAAGGAAAUUAUAACACCAAAAAAGACAUUUACUUUGGGUACUAAAACUAGUAAUGAUUCUUAG